AAACUUUCGUACCCAUUUUUAUUGAUUGCCACUGCCUAAACUCGGGCUUGGCCAUAAAUGCGAUAGAGACAUCAGCACAGCACUUUUAAGCUCAUACAAUCAGAUUGAAUCCCUAUUCUCUAUUUCACUUGGAAUUGACUUUCCUGAAGGUGAGGGUUGACUUGCUGAUGGAUUUGACUCAUUGUUGUACAGGAUGGCUGAGUUUUUAUAAGGCCCUCCUUCUACUCACUGAUCAACUCAAGCUCUCGGCUUCUCGAACCACGGAGGCGCUCAGCGGCGGUGUUUUACGUGCCGUCCUCCACUUUGUAGCAAUCUAGCAAUGGAAUCUACCGUCAUCUGUACUAGUGCUCAACGUAUAGGUUGUGAACCAUGCUGUCUGUCAAGUUGUGAGUGUGUGUAACUGAAGUUGCGUAGAACCAGUCAUCGAUCUGCAGGUACUUGGACGGAUUAAUGCGUCAGUUCGCACAUCGCCGUUGAUCGUUAAAAGCGAUUGAAUCUCUCUACUCGUCUCUGUACAGCGUCUAGAAUUAACGGACGGUGACGAUCGAGGUAAGGACUCAGUUCCAUUCAGGGUUUGAGUUGAAAAUCGAGAAGGUCUGCUUUGCCGGUGCUCAGUUUCACUGGCUUGGAAGUGGCAGUUAUACAUACAGAGUUUUUUGGACUGUCCACGCAGCGCAGGUGGAUUUGAAGAAACACACCGGUUUGGGUGGUGAAUCGAAACUUAGUCGAGAGGAACUGGGAUGUCAAUAGUCUCUCUUUGUCGCUGACGAGUCCGAGAGCACCCUCCUAAGUUGGAGAAAUCAUGAAUUACGGUACCAUCUCUGGUUCUGCAGAGGCAGUCGUGAACGACGUGCGAGAUAGUUGUAAUACAUCCGGGUGGUCCUUCCAGAGCUACCAUGUCGAUGAUGAUCGCCGAAGCUACGGGCAUUCAGCACACUUGCUCACACGUGACCAAGCUCUUCGGUAUGAUGGCAUAAAGUCGUCCACACAUGAACUGAGUGCGGUAUCGAUCGUGAUUACACCAGCGACUACGUCGUCAACGACAUCGGCGGGUUGCCGUUCUCCACGUCCUCUCGCCACAUUAACGUUGCCAGGACGAUACCCGAAAGUUGAUGCUUGGAGACCUCGAUGCUUGCAUGUUGCUGGACUCUAACUCACUUAUUUCCAUGUAUCAAUCGCAUGAUUCGCGCUCGGCCAUUACUCGGGAAUCGAAGUGCGUACAUUUCAUCAAUCCACCUGAAGCGUCGAAGAGCGCGCAUCCGCCCCUCGAUAAUGACCGUGGCGGAGGGGCGUUGCUCCGCCUAGGUACUGACAAAAAUGGGGUUGAUGACAUUUUCCUCUCCAGCCUCGUCAAGAAUGGUUGGGGGAUAGAUUUCUCAUCUUGCCGCGAGACAGAAGCAACACCAACGUGCUCGAACGUUUUGGCAGGGAAAGCCGAGAAGCUGUCAGUAACUAUUUCUAAUCCUGUCUCAACGUCGAAUCCUACCCAAAGAAGCGAUAGAGUGAACCAUGUCACCGCAGACGUUUCAGAGGCUAGCCAAGAUAUAAGCAGUAAGUCUUCAAGUCGCAGGGGUGGAGCGAGGCAAUCGCAUCAGCAUUUCAGAGGUGGGCGGCAGCGCCCGUGGGGCAAAUUUGCAGCUGAAAUUCGUGAUUCCACCAGACAUGGGUCGCGGUUGUGGCUAGGAACGUUCGACACAGCUGAAGAAGCAGCACUGGCUUGCGACGACGCCGCUAUCCAACUCCGUGGAUCGCGUGCACUUCUCAACUUCCCAGUGCGGGCUGCCAGUGGGCUUAAUGUCCGGCUUCUCACCACAAGUAGACCAAAGGCAUCAAAGCCACCACCUCAAUCUGCGUCAAGCGUCGAAACGCAACUUAAAUUCAAAAGCAACAACUCAGGACGGCUCUGUGGAAAGAAGCGGCCACUCGAUACCACUGAAAUGAAGGCCGAAGAAGACUUCGGUUCUGCUGGCAAUCAAGCUUGCGCUUCACUCCCAACGAAGUUAACGGAUUCUUCGUACCGUAUUUUCUCUCCCCCACAGUCAAGACCUCACCAAACUCGCAUUUGUCAAGACAUGCCCCUAUCUACUUGUUCAGCUGGCCUACCUCCUAAUUCUCAAUAAUCCAGGUCCUUGCUAUUCGAUCUCGUAAUCAGAGUAGGGAUGGUUAAGAAUAUUUUAUGUACUGUCUACACCAUUCCAGGAAAUCACCACCCUUUCUUGCACAAAUAGUCUUCAGCGUUGAGAAGCGUCAGGUCCGUUGUACAAAUUGGUUGGAUUGUCAUGCCGCGAAUUGUGCAUGCAGGGGAGGGCUGCCUAUUCUUUCCUCUUGGGUUUUGGGUUGUUGACUGUCCAUCAGCUUGUAGGAAAAGGCCUUCGAAAAAAUAAUACAUGUUCAUGUUUCCGAACAGUUAUAUGAGGCCUUGAAGUCCGUCUUGAGAGUUGGAAUCCUAAA